CGUGACUAGACAAUCGUCAUCACGUGAUGCUCAGAAUUAUAGGUAACCUGUUAAUGCUUUUGUGGAUAUGGUUGGUGAAAGGGGCUCGAUUUAUUUGCGGGAGAAAAGAUGAAAGAGGCAAGAAUAUUGUAGGGGAAAGAGAAAAACCUGUAGAAACUGAGAAACAAUGGACGACUGAUUGGGAUGGGUGGGAGGGAGUAAAAGUGGAAGAGGGACCAGUUCCUCCUUCACCUCAGGCCACACCCCAAGAUGAAGAGAUUCCUGAUCUGUUCCGUGACAUGGAACCAAAUUUUCAAAAACCGAAAAAAAUUAGGAUUAAGAAGCAAAGGAGAGAUUUUGAAGAGGCUACUCCAAACCUCAAACAGUUUGCCUUUGAUCCAGCCUUUCAAACAGCAACCUCUGAACUAUUAGACUGGCCUGAUGAAGAACAAGAUGAGAGAGGGGGAGAGAAUGGAUGGGAGGGAGACGACCUUCCGGAACUGCUACGUCAGUCAAGACAGAGCAUGAGGAAACAAAGACAAGAGGCCAUUGAGGCACAGAGACAGCAAAGGGAAAGACUAACCAAUGCACCGCCAUCUUCAAUGUUAGGAGCUACUAAAAUCACAUGAUAAUAAUAAUUAAUAAUCAUUACUACAUUAUUAAAGUCACAAUUGGGAGAGGGAGUAGAUUAGAGUUUAUUAAAA